UGGGGCGGUUCAAGCGAGAUCGAGUUCACGCCAAGUGGAGUACGGCAGUUUGUGUCAGACCACGGAGCACGGAAGAUGCUCCCGGUUGUUUACGGAACGGGUGGACCACCCUCGUCGCGGCGACGACGCCGCGCCACGAUUUUUCUCGGUGUCGUGUCUUCUGCGCUUGGAAACACCAGGAACGUCGUGAGUUCUUCUUCGAUCAUCAGGCCGGCUUCCACUGCCACCAUCAUGACCACCGCUUUGGGCCUUUUAAUGAUCUUGCUGCCAGCAGCGUAUCCGGACAAGAUCUCCAUCGGUGCAAUUUUCGAGCAAGGCACCGACGAAGUUCAGUCAGCCUUCAAAUUUGCGAUGUUCAACCAUAACCAGAAUACCACGACUCGGAAGUUUGAGUUGCAAGCUUUCGUAGACGUAAUUAAUACCGCAGAUGCUUACAAACUGUCUCGUCUUAUCUGCAGUCAGUUUAGCAGAGGGGUGUUUUCCAUGCUGGGUGCCGUGAGUCCGGAUUCAUUCGACACCCUCCAUUCUUAUAGCAACACGUUUCAGAUGCCUUUCGUGACGCCCUGGUUUCCCGAGAAGGUUCUGACACCGUCCUCAGGUCUCUUGGAUUUCGCCAUAAGCAUGCGUCCGGAUUAUCAUCGCGCUAUCAUCGACACGGUGCGAUAUUACGGCUGGAAGAAAAUCAUCUACCUCUACGACUCCCACGAUGGACUGCUCAGGCUGCAGCAGAUCUACCAGGGCCUGAAACCAGGCAACGAAUCGUUUCAAGUAGAAACAGUGAAAAGAAUACAAAAUAUGUCCGAGGCGAUCGACUUUUUGCGCAGCUUGGAAGAAUUGAAUAGAUGGAGUAACAAGUACGUGAUACUCGAUUGUCCUACGGACAUGGCGAAAGAUAUUGUGGUGAGCCACGUGAGGGAUGUUGCACUUGGGAAAAGAACGUACCAUUAUUUAUUAAGUGGAUUGAUAAUGGACGACCGAUGGGAGAGCGAAGUGAUCGAGUACGGCGCCAUCAACAUUACCGGGUUUCGAAUCGUGGAUGCUACGCGACCCUACGUCAAAGAUUUCCUAGCUGGUUGGCAUCGUCUCGACCCAGCUACGUCUCAAGGAGCUGGCCGUGAAUCCAUUUCUGCGCAAGCUGCGCUGAUGUACGACGCCGUAUUCGUCCUCGUCGAGGCGUUCAACAAGUUUCUGAGAAAAAAGCCGGAUAGAAGCAACGUGAGGCGAACAGGGAUUCCUGGCGGCAGUCAGAUUACCAACGGCACCAGGGCACUGGAUUGCAAUAACAGUCGGGGCUGGGUGACGCCAUUUGAGUAUGGCGAUAAAAUUUCCAAGAAUCUGAGAAAAGUGGAAAUCGAGGGACUAACUGGGGAGAUCCGCUUCAACGAUGACGGUCGCAGGCACAAUUACACCCUCCACGUCGUCGAGAUGACGGUCAACAGCGCCAUGGUCAAAGUAGCUGAAUGGACAGACGAGGCUGGAUUCCAGGCCAUCGCGGCGAAAUACAUUCGACUUCGACCGCAUACCGAAAUUGAGAAGAAUAAGACCUACAUUGUCACUACUAUUGUGGAGGAACCGUACAUAAUGAAGAAGAAAUCAGACACUGGGGAGAUAUUGACUGGCAAUGAUAGUUACGAGGGCUACUGCAAGGAUCUAGCUGACCUUAUAGCUAAGAAAUUGGGAAUAUCGUAUGAGUUACGAAUAGUUAAAGACGGUAAAUACGGAAUGGAAAAUCCAGACGUUCCCGGUGGUUGGGACGGCAUGGUCGGCGAGCUGAUUCGGAAAGAAGCAGACAUUGCCAUUGCUCCAAUGACAAUCACUUCUGAACGUGAACGAGUGAUCGAUUUUAGUAAACCUUUCAUGUCACUGGGUAUUAGUAUCAUGAUCAAGAAGCCCAUCAAACAGAAACCUGGUGUGUUCAGCUUCUUGAAUCCGCUGAGCAAAGAGAUCUGGGUCUGCGUUAUCUUCUCCUACAUCGGUGUAUCCAUCGUUCUUUUUACCGUGUCCAGAUUCUCCCCAUACGAAUGGAGAGUACUGACUCUAAGCACCGGUGGGGAUCCCACAAUGGGUACAAGGAACGAUCCCACGCUGCAACACCCACACGGAUCGCAAGGAUCUCCUCACAUUCCAACCUCGAGCAUGGCGAACGAUUUCAGUAUCAUCAACAGCCUUUGGUUCGCUCUAGCCGCGUUCAUGCAGCAAGGCUGUGACAUAUCACCCAGGUCGAUAUCAGGACGAAUCGUCGGCAGCGUCUGGUGGUUCUUUACCCUGAUCCUAAUCUCCUCCUACACUGCCAACUUAGCCGCGUUUCUAACCGUCGAGAGGAUGGUCGCGCCGAUUAACUCGCCGGAAGACCUGGCCUCGCAAACGGAAGUGCAAUACGGCACACUAUCUCACGGAUCUACUUGGGACUUUUUUCGCAAAUCGCAGAUUAAUCUCUACAGCAAAAUGUGGGAGUUCAUGAACUCACGGAAACACGUGUUUGUAAAAACGUACGACGAGGGUAUACGAAGAGUGAGGACCAGCAAAGGAAAAUACGCUCUCCUGAUCGAAAGUCCGAAGAACGAGUACAUAAACGAGAGGGAACCCUGCGAUACAAUGAAGGUCGGCAGAAAUCUGGAUGCCAAAGGCUUUGGAGUAGCAACGCCAUUGGGAUCUCCUCUCAAAGAUCCCAUAAAUUUGGCGGUGCUAUCGUUGAAAGAAAACGGAGAAUUGACGAAACUGGUGAAUCGAUGGUGGUACGACAGAACAGAAUGCAGGCACGGGGACAAGCAAGAUGCUUCUAGAAACGAAUUAUCUCUCAGCAACGUGGCGGGAAUAUUUUACAUCCUGAUCGGUGGUCUGCUUUUAGCCCUGGCCGUCGCGCUGCUAGAAUUCUGUUACAAAUCACAUACGGAAGCUACCAGAGCAAAGAUCCCAUUGUCGGACGCGAUGAAGGCGAAAGCUCGAUUGACGAUCGGUGGUGGUCGAGAUUUCGACAAUGGCCGGUGGUACGGACUGCAGAGUUAGACGGAGGAUGCAUGCGCCUUUCCCGGGACCAUAUUACUACGCUCCGGCAAACGCGAUUGGCAAUACCGAGGGCGACCAGGUACACAGCAAUACGCAUACCCAGGUGUAAAUUACCCGGAGGAGAGCCCAGGCGAGUCGCCCGCCAUCUCCCUGCCCACGCCUCCACCGCCGCCGUUGAUGGCGGCCCUGCCUCCACCGCCGCCGCCGCCGCCCAGAAGACCGCCUCGAAGAAGCGUCACCUUCGCGGAAUCGCCGCCGAAGAGCCCGAAAAAGUCCAGGUUCUCGCCUUUCCUGCGUAGGCCGAGCAUCACGAUGCUAGACAUCGCGGUGCCCUGGACACCGGCUUCGCCGCGCGUCUGGGCUGGUCGUCUCGGCGAAUACAAACCCGAAUACAUCACGUAAAAACGAAAACAAGGAAAUAAAUCACAGUACGAGCACAGAAGCUCUCCUGUCCCGUAGGCUGGUCAUAGAUCGUUAAAAUUUCGAUCGUCCGACAGCCUGGCACAAAGAUCCAAAGAUCCAAUAAUCCCGAGCAACGCGUUUGCCGCAAAUCGAAUAUCCGCGACGCUCGAUUUCUCGAGCGUAUCCCUCGAUCGUUGUUAGUUCCGUGUUCCAGAGAAGCUCGAAGGAGUUGGAAUUUCGAGCGUCGAUCACGAGAACGACUCGUCUGUUUGUUCAAGUUCCUCGAAUCGUACUGCCACACACAGACACACACACACACAUACACACACGUGAUUUGAGAUCGUCGAUGACGUGUACCGAGUCCUUUCGGAAUGAUUCGUUCUUGCGAACAGGAACUAAACGAGUCCGAGGAAUCGCUCGAGAGGAACGCAGAGGAGCCGUGUGUCACGACUGAUCGACGAAGAUUCUUGGUAUCCAUAUUUGUUUCUGUUAGACGAGACGAAUGAUGGUUUUGCGACAGGAAUCUUCGUGGACAGCCGUGUUUGUACAUUGUAUAUAUUACGUUGUAAUCGAAUCGAACGAGACGAAUCAAAUGGUGUAGAGAAAAGAGGAGAAGGACAACGCGUACGACCGGCUACCGGCGACGAGAACAGGUCGCGAAAUUCGAUAGUAGAAUUCGAUGGUCCUGGGGUGGGUGCAUGUGCAACCAGCAACUCGAACUAACACACUCAACUGCCAUUUCCGUGAGAGAGCCCUGUAUACACGCGAGACACGAACGCGUGCACGUACGUAUAUGUAUACAUUAUAUUUCGCGAGGGAAGAUACGCGGGUCGACCGAGAGAACGAAAGAACUUGCUGGAGGAACGAUGAAACGCGUAAGAGGAGAAUUCUGAAAGAAGUGACUGCGGAUGAAAUUCUGGCAGACAUCGAACGAAAAAGAAGGAAGAAGAAUAAAAGGGGAAGAAAGAAACUGAAGAAGUUUGAGAAAACUGUGUGGAAACAGAGAAUACAGGUCGACCGUGGCGUAACACUACUAUUAUUAUUAUCAUUAUUCUGAUUACUAUUAUCGCGACAGCUAAGUUUUUAUUACGGAUUACUGUUCGUUACAGAUCGUUGUACACCGGUGCAAACUAUUUUGUGGAUCUCGCGAGAAUGGAUAAUUCGUUGCGUAAAGAAAUAAAGAAAGGAAAGAAAUCAAAAAAAAAAA